AUGGGACUGACUCUGUCCGAUGCCGUGCGGUUGUUGCUGACCAGGGUUGCGCGGGAAAAGGCACUGCCGUUUGCACCGCUGAUUCCAAAUACUGUCACCAUCGAGGCAAUGAAGGAAGCCCGAAAGGGCGACAUGUCUCGGUUCGACAGCGUAGAUGCCCUGAUGGACGAACUACGUGCGCAAGAUUGA